UAUAUAUGUAGAUGUGGCGUGUUCCGAAGCAGUGACAACUUGGACCGGUCUUGUUGGUGUUGUAUCAGACAGGCAAUUCAAGAGAGCUGUGUAGGAAUAUGAAAAACGUAUUAUUUUGCCUAGUGUUUGGCGCAAUAUUGGACUUCUCGUCGGCCAGAUAUAUAGCCGUUCCUCUGAACCGAAACACACGAGCUACAGGUGGAUAUCCUUGGCAGCGUGGAACCCAGAUCUCAGGGCAUGCUAAUGCUGGACAUGGGACCAGCCAAGGGCAGACAACCCAUGUGAUACAUACUUCAGAACCGCUGCAUAAUGGUGGGAUGACGUCAUCCGGAAGCGGAUACAACCAGCCCAUAACAGUCCAGCAUGGUCAACAUUCUACAGGCACAUAUCAAGGCGGAAUAGGGUCUAGGCAAUCCUUGCCUUCAUCUCACCUGUCGGGUCAACCGCAGACAACUCACGUGAUACAUACUUCAGAGCCACUGCAUAAUGGCGGGAUUCCAAUAACAGUCCAGCAUGGUCAACAUUCUACAGGCACAUAUCAAGGCGGUAUUCGGCCUGGUCAAUCCUUACCCACAUCUCACCUGUCGGGUCAACCCCAGAAAACACACGUGAUACAUACUUCAGAGCCACUGCAUAAUGGCGGGAUGCCAAUAACAGUCCAGCAUGGUCAACAUUCUACAGGCACAUAUCAAGACGGUAUUCGGCCUGGUCAAUCCUUACCCACAUCUCACCUGUCGGGUCAACCCCAGAAAACUCACGUGAUACAUACUUCAGAGCCACUGCAUAAUGGUGGGAUGACGUCAGCAAGAAUACCUGGUCAAGCAUUCCCCUCAUCCCAGCUGCCGAGCCAAUCAUUCCAGAUAUCUGAUCCUGCUUUCCCUUCACAACCUGUUGGACCCCGUGACCCAUCUGCACCGGCGCUGUCAUCAUUCUCUUCGAUUCAAAACCUCUACCGGGAUAGUUUGUCAGGAGGUCAAGAAAGACCCCUCAACAGCCCAAUUGAGAUGUCGUCUGCGCAUGACAAGAGAAUUGAUGGAGGUCUCGCAGCCGGAGCGCCACCUGCCGGCGACCUGACGUCCUUCUCCUCGUUACAGAACCUUUACCAGUCUUCUACAGGUGGAGGAGCUGGUGCCCCGGUGAUCCCAGCAAAGAAAGCAGGCCUCCUCGACGGCAAGGACAUUUACCAGCAAGGCCUGGCAACAGGACAGGAGCUGUACAGGAACAGGAACACUGCGUCCUCUGGCCAGACAGGAUACCCAGGACAUCCUUCAAAUGUUCCAAAAAGCGUUGAUCAAGGAACACAGAUUAUCAGAGACUCUUCCUAUCCACACGGAAAGCCCCUUGGUGGCCUUGUGGUCCCCACUGGAGAAAUAGGGCCUGACCCCUCCUACCCUGGUGGAAAGCCGGUUGUGGGCCCCACUAGUCAUCACGGAACGCCAUUGGUGGACCCAACACAUUCUCAUGGAUCUCCCCUCGCUGGCCCAUCUCAUUCACACGGGACGCCCUUAGUUGACGCACCUUUAUCUCACGGGACGCCCUUCGUUGAUCCAGCCAUAUCUCACGGGACGCCCUUAGUUGAUCCAUCCAUAUCUCACGGAACGCCCUUCGUUGAUCCAGCCAUAUCUCACGGGACGCCCUUCGUUGAUCCAGCCAUAUCUCACGGAACGCCCUUCGUUGAUCCAGCCAUAUCUCACGGGACGCCCUUAGUUGAUCCAGCCAUAUCUCACGGAACGCCCUUCGUUGAUCCAACCAUAUCUCACGGGACGCCCUUCGUUGAUCCAACCUUAUCUCACGGGACGCCCUUCGUUGAUCCAGCCAUAUCUCACGGGACGCCCUUCGUUGAUCCAGCCAUAUCUCACGGGACGCCCUUAGUUGAUCCAGCCAUAUCUCACGGGACUCCUUUCGUUGAUCCAAAUCAUUCUCACGGGACGCCCUUAGUUGACACAAUCAUAUCUCACGGGACUCCUUUCGUUGAUCCAAAUCAUUCCCACGGGACGCCCUUAGUUGACACAACCAUAUCUCACGGGACUCCUUUCGUUGACCCUUCUCAUGGUCUCGGAGACCCUAUUAUUAAUCCUGCUAACGGCCCCGGAUUUGUUGAUCCUGCUUUGGUCGACCCUCGUCUCGACGGACCUGGUCCUAUCCUGCCUGGGCCAGUUUCGGGACAACCUGGACCCAGUUUCAGCCAGUCUGGACCAAAUCCAGGCGAACCUUCUACACCGGGUCUCGGCCAGCCUUGGCAGGGUCGUGCACCAACUCGACACAUCCUCCCCAGACCAACCCCACAAGCUUUCGUUGAAACAGGAGGACCUACAAUAGAAAACGUAGUGGGCAGAGAUCAACUCGCAAAUGAUCCUUUUGGACCCGCCGCUGGUCGUCCUGGAGAUUCAAGGCUGCCACGGGGACCUGGCGGUCCAAACUCCGGGACAGUGCCGCUGAUGAACCCGGUGAUGCCAAGUACAUCGCAAGAUCUCCUCGUGUUCACAAAUCAGCCAGACAGUUGGGUGUGGUCAGGUGGUGAUGUGACUGGUCAGCUCAGGAACUUCAGACCCCAUAGGGCUCCUCAGUGAGCAACACUUUGAGAGAGAGACACACACACUACCUUGGUAGAAAGUCACAACAUAUGACGAGUUUCUCAAGAUACUCGCAAGAUACUCGCAAGAUACUCAGGGUUUCGCGAGUCCUCUGACCCUGUUCACAAGAGACGUUUAAAAUUAUAAAAAUAAUUACUCUUGGUGGGGUCAAUAUGCUAAAACAAGGACCCGAGGACCUGACCCUUGAGGUGGUCUGCCCGGACCGAGCGAGGCCGCAGUGUCAGUCACAUGAUUUCGGGAUCUACAUUGAAAUGUAUUGUUUCGUCACGUGGUGCAAGAUUCUUUAAGAGGUAUAACAAUAUAUAAUACUUACGGAACAAGGCUGUCCCUGGAGUGCUGUCGCCCUUAAGUCAAUUUAUAUGUGAUAAUUCAGGAAAAGUGCUGUUGUUUGUGAACUCAUUGUGUAACUUUGAUCAAGGUUACACUAACCUCUGUGUCGUUGAACGUUACAUCGAAAUCCAUUGAAUCUGGUAUAGAACUCUGUAUACCUACAUACCACGACAUUAGUUUUAUCUUGAUUAUUAUGAUCUGAUAUUGUAAUAAACGUAUGCAACAAUA